GAUCAACAUCACAUGACAUUUUGACAUACGCGUGACAAGGAACUUCGCGCAGGCAUCCUCAGUCGGUUUUCCUCAAAGAAUUCCAACUUUUUGACGGUUUCAGAAUGCAGUGUUUUGUGCUUCUUGCGUGCCUCAUGGCUUUAUGUCAUGCUGCGGUUGUUAAAACUGGGCCUGUGACCCUCGACCCCUUCAUGUUCGAGGCGGACUACGUCAACUCAAUUGAAACAACUUGGAAGGCUGGGCCGAACUUUGCCGGCUACUCUCGACAGGAUGUGAAGAGACUUAUGGGAGUUCUCAAGCCAACCCCGAAGGAAUUCCAACUCCCGCCGAAGACGCACGAAUUGGGCGGGGCGGGCAUUCCGGACAGCUUUGACUGCCGCGACAAAUGGACCGGCUGCCCGAGCCUGAAUGAGAUUCGUGACCAAGGCGCCUGUGGCUCCUGCUGGGCUUUUGGAGCUGUGGAGGCAAUGACCGAUCGUCUAUGCAUUAUGCUGGGACUGCAUUAUCAUAUAUCGGCCGAGAAUCUCGCGACCUGCUGCGAAUCUUGUGGUGACGGAUGCAAUGGUGGCUAUCCCGGUGCAGCUUGGGAAUAUUUCCGUAAAACCGGCAUCGUCACGGGCGGCCAGUACAACAGCUCGCAAGGUUGCCAGCCGUACAAGAUACCAGCCUGCGACCACCACGUCGUCGGGAAACUCAAACCUUGCAAAGGGGACGACCCAACGCCGUCGUGUUCCAAGACGUGCAUACCAGGCUACAAGACAUCUUACCCAGACGACUUACAUUACGGAAGGAACUCGUACUCGAUCCCCAACAAUGUGACCGAGAUCCAAGCCGAGAUUAUGACCUUUGGAUCCGUCGAAGCGGCAUUCAGUGUCUACGCCGACUUUCCGUCCUAUAAAUCCGGUGUUUACAAGCAUGAAACCGGUGAACUUCUCGGAGGGCACGCGGUGAAAAUUCUCGGAUGGGGAGUGGAGAAUGGCGUCGACUAUUGGCUCGUUGCCAACUCCUGGAACAGCGAUUGGGGCGACAAGGGCUUCUUCAAGAUUCUGCGCGGUAAGGAUGAGUGCGGGAUCGAAAAUGCUAUCGCGGCCGGCCAGCCCGCAAUUCCGUAGAGACCACCGGAAAAAAUCCUGAUCCUUAUUUGCUUAAACAACUCAAGACACAUGGCCACUAGCAACUGCCGACAGUUGCCCUGCCGAAGAUUUGUCACUGGGGAGGUUAGGUCACCAGUUUCUUUUGCUGUACAUCUCCAUUAAAAAUAUACUGUUUGUGCUUUGUAAACAAAUUAAAUUUUUUAUUCUCUCAAAAAAACAUGACCCUAGAGUGGUUUUGUUAAGGAAAAUACUUUUUUCCAUUUUAGUGUCAGGUAACCUAAAAAAACAAUAGUAAGUGCUGAAUCUAUUAAACACAGUCAAAUCAUUUGUAGGAUUUUGUUGGAAUUGGAGGUGGUUAGGACUCAUACACCAAGAAGAAAAUUUCGCUGAAAUUUAUUGAAAAUAAUUUACACCACAUUUUGUUGCAUUUACAAGUUCUUACGUACAUUUCAACAUAGUGUUUACUUGAGGGCAUCUAAACGUGGUGUUUAAAGAAUGCGCACAUUAACAUCGUUAUUUUACAGGGUUUUCCAAUAGAUAAACAAAAAGUAUAUCUCCAAAAUCCUCAACGAAAAAGCAGGUUUUUUUUUUUUUUGAGAAUUUCUGUACAUUUUGAAGCCCUUUUUUUGUUUUAAAUAUAUUUUCCAUAUUUGUCGUCUGUUAUUAUUUGUAUUGGUACAAGGUAUUUUUUCUUUAAUCUUUCUUCUAUUUUUCAUUCACAAAGUUAAAUUUGUAAGUCAAAAGUUAUUAUUGUAAUAUUUCAGACGUGUAAUAUUUGGGUAAAGGAACUUUGCCAUAUUCCCUUUUUUUGAACACUUUUUUAUAUGUAUUUUUCCCCAUUUGUCUAGUUACCAACAAUUUAGGAUUCCUCAAUUUGGAAAAUGAGAAAUUUAGAAAUACCAAUGUAGAGUUUAAUUUACUGUACUUAAGUUCAUGUAAAAGUAGUAAAGAUCUAUGUAAAAUGCAAGUAAUUGUUCCUAAGAAACAAAUUUAUUUUGUCCUUGGCAUGCCAUUUCCACUUUCCCUGUACUGCAAUUUUUGCCUAAAUUUGUAAUUUGUACAAGUUAUUUUUGUACUCAUUUUCUUGAAAUAAACCUGCUAACCAGCUUGGAUUACGAGAAACAU